GCAUUGAGUAGCAAAAUGUCGACUAGUAAUAUCAUGGACUGGUGUGACACGGAGAUUAAAAUUACACCAUUUUCUUUUAAAUGGACCAUUAAAGGAUUUAAUCCUUACAGUAGACAUAAUUUAAAAUCCGGCGAGUUUGUUGGUAAUGAUGCAUAUGACACUGAAGGAAGAAAAGCAGUUUCAAUUAAGAAAAAUAUAGAUGGCUACGAAUACCCCCCUCAUGGUGAUAAUUUAAUUCGAAGAGACGUAAUUUUUGCUAAAUCAUGCAAGUUAUAUCCUAAAAAUGUCUUAACAAUAUUAUGUGAAAUUCAUGUUAAAAGUAGAGUUGUAACAACUAUGAAAUCACAAUGUCUUUCUGACAAAAUGGCUCAAGAAACCAAAAGUACGUUGCGUGAUGAUUUGCACAAUCUUAUUCAAAAGAAGAAAUUUUGUGAUGUUAUAAUAAAGACAAAGGAUGAUAAAGAAAUCCAGGCUCAUAAAAUUGUAUUGGCGGCUCGUAGUGAGGUUUUUGCUGCCAUGUUUGAGCAUAAAAUGAAAGAGAAUGAAGAUAAUUGUGUCAAUAUAGAAGAUUUUGAUAGUGACGUAUGUGAGGAAAUGCUGCGCUAUAUUUACACCGGUAAAGUCCCAAAACUAGAUGAAAUGUGGGAUGAACUGUUAGCUGUAGCUGAUAAGUAUAAUUUGAAUGGCCUCAAAACUAUAUGUGAGCAAAAGCUGACCUCCGAUCUGUCGAUGGAAAAUGCAGCUAAAAAGUUAGUUUUAAUAGAUCGUUAUGGAUUUAGAAAGUUGAAAGAUCAAACUAUACAACUAUUAAAUGAAAAUGCCAAAGAGUUCAUUAAAUCUGCUGAGUUUGAAGAACUGCAUAGAAAUUUUCCGAAUUUAUUAAAAGAAUUAUAUAUUUCAGCUGUAACAAAAAAAUAAAUUUCAAUAAAUCGU